GAACAUGAUGGCAUCUCUAAGGCUUGUCUUCUGUCUGACAUUUCUGUUCAUGGGGAAAAUGGCUCAGGAGACUGGUUGGGAAUCGUCCUCAUCUGUGCACCAAGAGAAAAGUUUUAUAUCAGCUAAUGUCGGAGGCAAUGUGACUUUAGAAUGUUUCUAUCAAGCAGAUGAUUCAGCAUGGCUCUACUGGUAUAAGCAAAGUCUGGGACAGAAGCCAAAGCUCAUCUCUACCUUUUAUGUGUAUGAUAGAAGAAUCACGUUUUAUCAUGAAUUCAAGAACAAUCCACGCUUCACACUGGACCCUGAAAAUGGUAAUAAUCACUUAAUGAUCAAAGAUUUGCAUAUUUCAGACUCGGCUACUUACUACUGUGCAGAUAGCUACACGUUUGUAUUAAGGUUUGCGGAAGGCACCAUUGUUAAUGUGCAGGGUUCAGGUUUGAACGUCAAAGCUUCGCUCAGUCAGUCCGGAUCUGAGACCAUCCAGCCAGGAGGCUCUGUGACUCUCAACUGUACAGUACACACUGGGACCUGUGAUGGAGAACACAGUGUUUACUGGUUCAAAGACUCUGAAGAAUCUCAUCCAGGACUCAUUUACACUCAUGGAGACAGGAACGAUCAGUGUGAGAAGAAAUCUGAGACACAAACCUGUGUCUACAACUUGUUACUGGAGAAUCUGAAUCGCUCUCAUGCUGGGACCUACUACUGUGCUGUUGCUUCAUGUGGACAAAUAUUGUAUGGAAAUGGGACCACGCUGGACUUUAAAUAUGAGGCGAACUCUCCAAACUCUCGUGUGUAUUUCCUGAGCGGAGCGCUGAUAUUCAAUACCAUCCUGGUUGUUUUACUGGCUUCCUCAGUGUACAAGAUAAUCAAGAGAAAAAACUGCCACUGUACAGAGUCUCAAGCAAGAUCGUCAGCUCCCACCACAGCAAAUCCAGAGGGUUACCAGGACGCAGACAAUCUCCAAUAUGCUGCUUUAAAUGUUAAGCCACCCAGCAGAUCAAGCAGACAGAGGAACAGCACCAAGACUGAAUGUGUGUACUCCAGCAUAAAGCAGUAAAAAUACAAGUGUUACGUUUAUACUUUUUGAAUAAAAUUGUAUUUUGUUGUAUGUCAAUGUAGGUGUAGAUUUUGAGAUAUAUUUGUGUAACUUUCUUGUGGUCUGCAGUCAUAAGAUGCUGUUAAAUAUUCCUAGGAAUUAUGUUCAUGCCUAAGGAUUCUGCACCUCAUGGUUUAUAGCAACAUCAAGAAGUUUUCCCUUUUAUGAAAAAGAGUAGGAAGAAGAAAGUAGGAAGUGGACAUUGGGGUGUUCUGUGGCUGUGCAGUACAUCAUACGUUUGUGCAGGUGACCAGAAAUGACAUUAUGACAGACUUAUAGUUAAACAUUGGACUUUUUUAAAACCAUAAAAACACACUUUCCCUAAUCUUUACCAAGUCACUUAGUUAACCCACCCUAUCCAUACUUUAACCACACAAUGAUGUUUCCCUAAUAUUAACCAUACCAUAAUUUUCAUUCUCAAAUAUUGUAGAAAGCAAGACUUUUAUUGAUUGUAACACUGUUAUCUGGAGACAUGGAAUUGAGGAGGUUCAUAUAUGUCUAGAUCAACCAAACCAAAUCAUGUAUUUGCUUUUGUAUGCCAUUUUAUUCCAUGACUGAUCUAAUAAAGCUCUUCUAAUUGUGGAACAUGUUGA